AUAACAGUCUGAAGUGGAUUAGAUCAGGUGCAGAUCUGUAAAACUGAACUCAGGAUGAAGAUCCUCCUCAUCUUCACCCUCUACCUGAUCUCAGGGUCUCUUUUAUCAGGUGGUGGAGCCUCCAGUGAAGUUAGUGGAUAUUCCGGAGGAGGAGUUCUCAUCAAGUGUAAAUAUCAUACAGAUUACACAUCAAAACCAAAGUACUUCUGUAAGCGUACAACACUGUGUACCAAACAGAUCAGUACUGAAGUUAAGAAUAAAUGGGUAAAUACAGGAAGAUUCUCACUGAUUGAUAACACCAGCUCUGCAGAGUUCUGGGUGAUGAUCAGAGAACUCACUGUAGAGGAUUCUGGAACGUACCAGUGUAGAGUUGCUGUAGAAUGGUGGCCAGACAAUCGUGCAGAAAUGGAACUGAAGAUAAAUGAAGACAUCGACUAUAAGAAGAGCAUCAGUGUGAAAGGUCACGUAGGACAAACAGUGAACAUCAGCUGCAAAUACCCACAAUCUCUCAGCAGUAAACCCAAGUUCCUCUGUAGGAGAAGGAGCACUGUGGACUGUUAUUAUACAGCAUCUGUUAAAGAGAGUAAAAGAUGGAUAAAGGAGGGGAAAUUCUCUCUGUAUGAUGAAAAAGCAAGGAAGACUUUCACAGUGAGCAUCAGCAGAGUGACGGAGGGAGAUUCUGGUGAAUACUGGUGUGGAGCUGAAUCAGACUGGGAAUCUGAUCAUGGAUACAAGAUUUAUUUCACACAGAUCAACCUCAGAGUUACUGCAGAACCAGGACAACCAGAUACAUCAACUCCCUCAAGAAGUUUCACUCAACAGAGCAUGAAAACAACUUUAAAAAACAGUGAACAGCCCCAACAACCUCUAGUGACGACGAACACGCCAGCAACAGAAUUUCCAACGUUCUUCGUGAUCACUGUUGUGUCUGUGAUUCUGGUUCUGCUUCUAAUCGGACUUUUAGUCUUCGUCGUCAUUCUCCGAAAGAGGGUCAAGGCUCGAGCCUCAACAUCAAUCCAGUCCACCAGAGGAUCCUCAAACACUAACACGGUCUAUGAGGAGAUAAAAGACACCAAACGCCAUCCUUCACCAGAUUCUGGAGCUUCCACAGUCCACCAGCUACCCACAAACCCCUCAGAUCCUUCUCACACUCUCUACGAUAAUGUCCAACUCGGUCAAUGUCCAAAUCCCAUCUACUCUACAGCUCCAGAGCAGAUCAUCAACUCAACACCUCAAAUACCCACAAGCUCCUCUGGUUCCUCAGCCAGUACUGCUGAAGAUCCAGCUUACGCCACGGUGAAGUUCACCAAGAAUUAUAAUGUUACAGCAAAAGUCAACAUGAAGGAGGAGUCAUGUGACUACGCUACUGUCAAACAUGCUAGCGGAACUGGCUAGGUUAUGAUAAUAUAUGUAAUAUUAUAAUUUGUUUUGACAUAGUCUCAUAA